AUGCCUCGAGAAAACAAACCACAGUACAUAACUCCCAACACACCAUACUACAUAACUCUCUCUCUCUCUCUCUCUGAAGAGUGAUUUUGAGAUUGGGAUGAAAUGGGUCGCUUUUCAAAUGUGAGGAAAGGUUCUUGGACUGAAGAAGAAGACCUUCUACUCAAGAGAUGCGUUGAGAAGUAUGGAGAAGGGAAGUGGAGGCAUGUUCCUGCAAGAGCGGGCCUAAAUCGAUGCCGCAAAAGCUGCAGGCUGAGAUGGUUGAAUUAUCUUCGGCCCAACAUCAAGAGAGGAGAUUUUGCAGUUGAUGAAGUUGAUCUCAUCAUCAGGCUCCAUAAGUUGUUGGGCAACAGAUGGUCUCUAAUCGCAGGUAGAAUCCCAGGAAGGACUGCAAAUGAUAUUAAGAAUUUCUGGAAUUCUCAUCUAAGCAAAAAGCUGAAUGAUGAGCACCGGGCCACCACGCCGAGUGUUCCGAAUCCCGACCCUACGGAAUCAGAGUGGAUGAAUGGCACAAAUUCAACUGUGGAGCAAAAUCAAAAUGAAGGUGAUGACUCAUUUUGGAAGAACCUGUUGUUUGAGGUGGACGAGAUGGAGUCGAAUCUGAAUCCAACGGUUAGGAAUAGUGGGACACUUCUUGAUGAUGAUACAGACAUGUUUGUAAGGUUUGAGAGCUUCAUUUCUGAUAUAGAACUGUGGGAUGUAUUGGGGAAUGAAUGCUUGGAUCAAAAUAAUAACAGCUGUGCUUUUUGAUA